AUAGACGAAGAAAUGCGUGGACGAAAAAAUGCUUGACGAAGAAAUGCGCGUACGAAGAAAUGCGGAUACGAAAAAAUGCGCUACGAAUAUUUGCACUUACGAAGAAAUGCGAGACGAAGUUAUGCGACACGAAUAAAUGCGCCGACGAAGAUUUGCGGACGAAGAAAUGCGGACGAGGAAUUGCGCGACGAAGAAUUGCCAUACGAAGAUUUGUCCGGUUACGGUCGUCUUCGCACGAUUUCUAAUAUUGGAGACGGAGACAUCAAUAUGGAUUAGCGUACAGCUUUUCGACCAUUCGAUGGAUGUGGAUAUCUCAUUUCAUUCGGGAAUCGUGUCACAAUUCUUGCUGCAGUGCUUGUGCUACGGCCAAGCUACAGCUUACAAUUAACAAUCGUUUUGAUCGUUCUUGCUAAACGCUGGUCACCCUUGUUGUGACAGCUUGAAAGUUUAUCUGCUAAUUUCGAUGCUGCAUUUAUUGCAGUAUGAGCAUCAGUGCAUUUGAGGGACUAAGAAAUGAAGAAAGAAAUGGUACCAGCUUAUCUGAUGAUGAUCCAAUUCUAGAUUUUUCUUCAUCAAGAGUAGCAAUGCCUCUAGAUGAUCAGGAUGUGCGAGUUAUGCAGGGACGAGCAAGAAUGUGUAAUGCAUGUCAGCUAUUCUCAAAGCCUAUGUGUACUCAUAAUGAAUUAGGUAUGGACAAUGGAAGUGAGCAAUACACAAAUGGUUAUGUCUCCAGAAGGAAUGGCUAUCAGGCACUUGCUCAGGAGGAUGGUCCUGUCAGAGAGCUUGACCACAGCUUUGAACAGACCCAUUGUCAUGGGCCAACACCACCUGCCGACACUUCAAGGAGAGAGGCCUUGCUCAGGCUUGCUGUCACCUCUUGCUUCUGUUUCCUGUUCAUGGCGGGCGAGUGGCUGGGCGGCUACCUGGCCAACAGCCUGGCGGUGAUGUCGGACGCCGCCCACCUGCUCAGCGACUUCGGCAGCUUCCUGCUCUCCAUGUUCGCCAUCUGGCUGUCACUGCGACGGCCGACGCGCCGCUGCACCUUCGGCUACUACCGCGCAGAGGUGCUGGGCGCCGUGGUCUCCGUGCUCACCAUCUGGGUGGUGACGGCCGUGCUCGUCUACAUGGCCGUCGAGCGGAUGGCCCAUGGACACUAUGACAUCGACGCCGACACGAUGCUCGUCGUCUCCGGCAUCGGUGUGCUCGUCAACAUCAUAAUGGGUGCCCUGCUGCACGGCCGGUGCCUGGGCUCGGGCCACGGUCACAGUCACGGCCUCAGCUCGAGUCACAGUCACAGUCACGGUCACAGUCACGGCGGCGAGCGAUCGGCCACGGAGAACAUUAACGUGCGCGCCGCCACCAUCCACGUGCUGGGAGACCUGAUCCAGAGCAUCGGCGUACUGGUGGCCGCGCUCAUCAUCAAGUUCAAGCCCGAGUACCGGAUCGCGGACCCGAUCUGCACGCUGCUGUUCUCCGCCAUUGUGAUGGCCACGACGGUCGGUGUGAUGCGGGACGCCACACGGAUACUGAUGGAGAGCACCCCCGACUCAGUCCAGUACAGCGCGGUGCUCUGUGACCUUGAGGGAAUUGAAGGUGUGGUGAACGUCCACGACCUCAACAUCUGGUCGCUGAGCGUCGAUCGGACCGCCAUCACGGCGCACCUCACUAAAGAGUCGGGUGCCGACGGUGACCAGAUCCUGCGCACCGCUCUGGCGCUGCUGCGGCUCCGACACGGCGUCCAAAAUACCACCGUCCAGGUCGAGCCCUACGACGCCGCCAUGGAGGCGUGCGAGGCGUGUCAGGGGCCUCCGCCGAACGGUGAUGGACGCCGGUGAGACCCGUACGCCGCCGGUGAGCCGUGAGGUCGGUCCGCCCGCCGGCCACCGCACGAACCCCGCCAGUAUGGACCGAGGCCAGGCGCGGCGCCCCACAGGUGCCGUCGCGGCCGCGGCCGCCAGCUUGCGUUCGUUUGUUGUACUCGUUUAUUUGUUGCUACAUGAGAUACCUUAGUUAUCCGAGUGGAGUGAGCACGCUGCCACCCGUCGGCCCGAUGAUAUUCGUAAUACGCAGUGCAACAAACCAUUGGUUGAGGAGAUUAUUUUGGGGAAGGGAUGUGGGACGAAUGUUCUGAAAUGUUAGCACUGUGCAUGAGAAAUUCCUUGACGUUUCUGCAUCCGCGGAAUGAGACCUGAAAGUUAACAACUUGCUCUUCUUUUAAGCUAACAUAGCGCAGAGUGCCUUGAGUGCAAUAAGAAGCCAAUCGUACGUGUAUUACGCCUAAAUUGUAGUCGACGUAGUUUCAUUCUCAACUUCAAUGUCGGUGCCGCCUGAUGGUUGUGGCAAACCCUUUACUCUAUGUAUAUGGCCAUUGUGAAAAUAUAACGUAACUUGUGUAAGUCCAUGGAUAGUAAUACUGGAAACCUACACAUUCAUUUCAUUGCUUAAUAUUCAUAUUUAUUUUUGUUAAGUAGUUCUAGAUAUAAAAAAAUGAUGUGUAACGAGAUAUUGUGUUGUUCCUCUACAUUCGAUUCCACUGUAGAACGUGGCAUAACAUGCUGCUUUUCUUAUGCAUGGCUGUUUUUCGAUUGAUCAAACAUUUCCUAUUUACCCCCGGUAAUAGGGCGGAUUCGUUGCAAAUCGUUAACGUGAUUCCAGCGUGGGCCAUGGUUUUCCAGGACGACUGCUGUGUGAUGUCUGUGUCUGUGAUGUGAAACCUCAAUAUCCGAUAUCCUAUCAUGACUCAGUACCCACCCAGAGUGAGUAAUGUGGUGUUGUACGCACACCGCACGUCUGUGCCAGACGGUGUAGGUUCCGUGGCGUUCGGAGAGUGAGCUGAAAGCCUGUUGUGACCGCGAUGCUUGGAGUUCCGGCCAGGGGUGCCCAGCUCGCCUCUGGACAACCACCGUAGGGUCCGCUAGUACCCGGGCUCCUGCGAGGUCGGCUCAGGCCGUUAGAGGUCGCGUCACUUAACUACGCGAAUGGAGUGUGGUGCCGCACACUUGGGGUAGAUGUGAUCAAUGUGCUAAACCAUUAGACGUGAACAGAAAUACUUAGUUUUAUAUAUCGGUGCAUGACACUGGCGGCUGACAGUUAAAACCCGCCUUUGGGUGUGUGAUGUUUUGUACCAUUCCCGAAUACAAAGGCCAUUUCGUGA